UCAGUAGAGCUCGGAGCUGCCGGGCGGAGGUCGUGUCUGGGGGGGGGUCGUUGUGUUCUGCAGGUUCUGCCUGGUCUACAUCACACAUGUGAAUCAAUAGCUAGAGGCACUUGUGACCCGACGACGGUGCCCUAAUCCGGGCUGGAGGUGACCCACACUGAUGGACUGCGCUGCCGUGCUGAGGCGUGAAGUGACAGUGACCACAUCCUGAUUUCCGGCCCUGCUCAUCUGGUUGAGUCUGUGUUACAAGGACUGAGGAGCAUCAUCACCGCCCAUCAGCAUGUCCACUGUGCAGACCACCGUAGCCGACUUACGGUCCAGAGCAGGGGGUUAUGAGAAGACGGACGAUGUUUCUGAAAAGACCUCGCUCGCUGAUCAAGAAGAAACCAGAACUAUUUUUAUCAACCAGCCUCAGCUCAUAAAGUUCUGCAACAACCGUGUCAGCACUGCAAAAUACAACCCCUUUACAUUUCUGCCAAGAUUUCUCUACUCUCAGUUCAGAAGAGCAGCCAACUCGUUUUUCCUGUUCAUUGCCCUGCUUCAGCAAAUUCCUGAUGUGUCUCCAACUGGUCGAUAUACGACUUUGGUUCCACUGCUCUUCAUUUUAGCUGUGGCUGCUAUCAAGGAAAUCAUAGAAGAUGUGAAGCGACACAAGGCCGAUAAUUACGUGAACAAGAAGAUCACACAGGUUUUACGGAAUGGAGCCUGGGAGAUUGUGCACUGGGAAAAGGUGGCUAUAGGGGAGAUAGUGAAAGUGACCAAUGGGGAACAUCUCCCAGCUGACCUCAUCAGUCUGUCCUCAAGUGAGCCACAAGCCAUGUGCUACAUUGAAACCUCAAACCUUGAUGGGGAGACCAAUCUUAAGAUUCGGCAGGCUCUUUCCCUGACAGCAGACAUGAGAGACAUUGACACUUUAAUGAGCUUAUCUGGCAGAGUUGAAUGUGAAAGCCCCAAUAGACAUCUGUAUGAUUUCAAUGGAAACAUUAGGCUUGAUGGCCAAGGAACUGUCCCAUUAGGUCCAGACCAAAUUCUUUUGAGAGGAGCACAGCUAAGGAACACUCAAUGGGUACACGGCAUUGUCGUCUACACAGGACACGACACAAAGCUUGUGCAGAACUCUACCAGGCCUCCGUUGAAGUUGUCCAAUGUGGAGCGUAUCACCAACAUGCAGAUCCUGCUCCUGUUUGGGACUCUCAUCACAAUCUCCUUAGUGUGCUCGAUCGGUUCUUCAAUCUGGAAUGCCAGUCAUGAAGAGAAAGACUGGUAUCUAAAUCUGAAUUAUGGUGGAGCUAACAACUUUGGACUGAAUUUUUUAACAUUUAUCAUACUCUUCAACAAUCUCAUACCCAUCAGUUUGCUUGUGACUUUGGAAGUGGUGAAAUUUAUACAAGCAUACUUCAUAAACUGGGAUAUGGACAUGCACUAUGAACCAUCAGAUACCUCAGCAAUGGCCAGAACAUCAAACCUCAAUGAGGAAUUGGGACAGGUUAAAUAUAUAUUUUCUGACAAGACGGGGACGCUGACCUGCAAUGUCAUGCAAUUCAAAAAGUGUAGCAUAGCAGGAAAUGCCUAUGGUCACUGUCCAGACCUUGAGGACAAUAGGUAUUGUGAAGAUGACUGGCAUGAACCACCAAGUAGUGAUGGUCAAGGAUUUCAUGACACAACCUUAUUAGAAAAUCUUGAAAACAAUCAUCCCACUGCCCCUGUCAUAUGCGAGUUUCUCACAAUGAUGGCAGUCUGUCAUACCGCCGUUCCAGAGCGUGACGGAGACCAGAUAAUAUAUCAGGCGUCAUCUCCCGAUGAGGGGGCCCUAGUAAGAGCAGCAAAGCAACUGCGGUUUGUGUUUACGGGAAGGACCCCCAAUUCUGUCAUAAUAGAAUCGCUUGGCCAGGAGGAAAGAUUUGAGUUGCUAAAUGUGCUGGAAUUUACAAGUAAUCGAAAACGUAUGUCUGUGAUCGUCCGCAACUCUGCUGGGAAACUGAGAUUGUACUGCAAAGGGGCUGACACAGUCAUUUAUGACCGUCUGGCUGAAACAUCCAAGUACAAAGAGAUUACACUAAAACAUCUGGAACAGUUUGCUACAGAAGGAUUAAGAACGCUAUGUUUUGCUGUGGCCUCCAUUCCGGACAGUGUGUAUGAAGAAUGGCUCGAUGUGUACCACAGAGCCUCCACCUCUGUACAAAACAGGUCUCUAAAGCUGGAGGAGUGCUAUGAAUUGAUAGAAAAGAACCUCCAUUUACUUGGGGCAACAGCCAUUGAAGAUAAGCUACAGGACAACGUACCAGAAACCAUUGAGACCUUGAUGAAAGCGGAUAUCAGAAUUUGGAUUCUAACGGGAGAUAAACAAGAGACGGCUAUUAACAUUGGACAUUCAUGCCGGCUGCUGACCAAGAAUAUGGGACUAAUAGUAAUAAAUGAAGGAUCCCUUGAUACAACUCGAGAAAUUUUAAAUCAUCACUGUACUAAUCUUGGAGAAUCACUAAGGAAGGAAAAUGACUUUGCCUUAAUUAUCGAUGGCAAAUCCCUGAAGUACGCGUUGACAUUUGGAGUAAGACAGUAUUUCCUUGACCUUGCUCUGUCCUGUAAAGCUGUCAUUUGCUGCAGGGUUUCUCCCCUUCAGAAAUCUGAGGUGGUUGAAAUGGUGAAAAAACAAGUGAAAGUCAUCACUUUGGCUAUCGGAGAUGGAGCAAAUGAUGUCAGCAUGAUCCAGACUGCACAUGUCGGUGUCGGGAUAAGUGGUAAUGAAGGACGUCAAGCGGCCAACUCCUCAGACUACUCCAUAGCACAGUUUAAAUACCUGAAAAAUUUAUUACUGGUCCAUGGUGCUUGGAAUUACAAUCGAGUGGCCAAGUGUAUUUUGUACUGUUUCUACAAGAAUAUUGUGCUAUAUAUAAUUGAGAUAUGGUUUGCAUUUAUGAAUGGGUUCUCAGGACAGAUCCUCUUUGAACGAUGGUGCAUUGGUCUAUAUAAUGUGAUGUUCACAGCACUUCCUCCCUUGACACUUGGAAUAUUUGAAAGAUCCUGUCGCAAAGAGAAUAUGUUAAAGUACCCUGAACUAUAUAAGACAUCGCAGAAGGCACUAGCCUUUAACACUAAGGUUUUUUGGGUUCAUUGCCUGAAUGGUCUUUUCCAUAGUGUUAUCCUAUUUUGGUUCCCAUUGAAAGCUCUGCAGCAUGAUAAUGUAUUUGCAAAUGGAAAAACAUCGGAUUACCUUUUAUUGGGAAACAUUGUUUACACUUUUGUGGUAAUAACAGUCUGCUUGAAAGCGGGGUUAGAAACGGCACAUUGGACCAUGUUCAGCCAUGUGGCUAUAUGGGGCAGUAUUCUGCUAUGGAUUGUAUUCUUCGGAGUGUACUCUUCGUUGUGGCCAACAAUUGCUAUAGCACCUGACAUGUCUGGAGAGGCAGAUAUGAUGUUCAGUUCUGGGGUGUUCUGGAUGGGUCUAAUUUUCAUUCCUGUAACAUCAUUGCUUUAUGAUGUGUUUUAUAAAGUCAUCAAAAGAACCUGCUUUAAAAAUUUGGUCGAUGAAGUUCAGGAGCUUGAAGCCAAAUCCCAAGACCCAGGGUCUGUUGUACAUGGGAAAAGUUUAACAGAGAGAGCGCAACUGCUGAAAAAUGUUUUCAAGAAAAAUACAGUAAACAUGUAUCGUUCAGAGUCUGUACAACAAAACCUGCUUCAUGGAUACGCUUUCUCCCAGGAUGAGAAUGGGAUUGUCUCACAGUCUGAAGUAAUCCGAGCUUAUGACACCACGAAGCAGAAACCAGACGAAUGGUGAAACGAAGCGUGUCCAUCAGCUCUCUUGAGAUAUAAUAAUGAAAUAUCAAAACUUCUAUUCAGGUUUCAAGAAGAUCUGUGGUCCAGACUGUCUCCCAACUACUGAAGAAGAUGACAUCGAACAAAUUGUUCCUAACCAUUUAAAAUUGUGAUUCUUACUUUAAGCUUGUCAGUAAGAAGACUAACACAACUGUGAUACUAAAUGUUGUAGAUGGAAAGAUGUUUCAGUAUUAUGAAGGAAAGAUUGCCUUGCUGCCUUAGUAACCAGCAAGUUACUUCUACUGACCAUCGAAGUGCAACCUCCAUGGGUCUUCAAGGUUGACAGUUCUGGAAUUCAAUCAGAAGCGAAAGACCUGAGGCCCUCCUGCCUCACUGAUCUGGGCACAGAUGUAGAUGGUUGAGUGUCAAACUAUUUUAAUAAAUAUGUUUGCCAAAGACAUAAUGGGUUUUUUAUUUAUCCUGCGUCCCUAUUCCAUGAGAUUUCAGAGAUAGAAGCAGUAAGAUGCAUUUUUCUCAAUAAGGGAAAUUGUUAUCCAGUCCAUAAGGCUCUGUCCAUUUGCCACGAGGGCCCUUGUUUUUAUGAUCUGUGAUAUUUUACACCUUCCGCCUUAUUCAUGCUUUUCUGUUUAUCUUGUAGAGUAGCUGCGCUUGCCUAUGUGUUAAGACACUAGAGUUGAUGCGUUUCGAUGGGGCCCGUGACUGUCAUGACUUUUACUGCUGUGUCUUGUGAUACAUUCCUUUUUCAUGUCUUCACGUUUUUUGCAGUUCGGUUCGAUCUUAUUGUAAUUUCAUCCUUGUUGUAUUUUCACUAUGGUUGUUUGUUGUAGUUUUAGAAAGUCUUCUUCUAUUAACAGUUUUUGGUAUUCAAUAAUAGAAGCAAAAAUGAAAACGUUUUAUCUUUCAAGCAAAAACAUUUGUUUUCUGUCUAUUUAAUAUAUUUCUUGUUAAUCAGCCAGAUAUGUAUACAUUUUGGGGGUUUUUGUUUUUUAUCCUAUAAUACUGACAUAAAACCUGUUGAAUUAGUGGAACUAAGCUUUUUCAAUGACACAUCGGUCUCAUCCUGUUAUUUAUUUCUCUUCUUUAAAUUUUUUAUUUUAAUAACCAACACAAGACUGUAAACUACAUAUUCAUGUUUUGUUAGACUUUUUUGUUGUCCUUUUAUUAAAGUUAAUUUUUUAUUUAAUAUAACCUUUCUACCACCCUAGAAUUAAGAAAAAAUCUUAACUUUUUAGCCUUACUUAGGCUGGGUUCACACCACAUUUUUGCAAUACAGUUCCCGUAUCAGGUUUUUGAUUAAAAAAAAAUAAAAAAAAUGGAUUCUUCAAAACCUGACUAAACGUAUCAAAAACUUGUGUACAAAUUUUAAUCCGUAUACGGUUGAAAAAUUAUGUCCGGUUGCAUCCGUCUUCUAAGAAAUACAUAUAUUUUUAACUUUUCACUCCAUUAUGAAUUAAGUUUCACUUUUUUAUUGAAAUUCCAAGAAAAAAAAACUUUGCAAGUCAAAAACCAUAUGGUGAAAACCGGAUGGAACAUAUGCACAUACAAUUCUGUACGGUUCCCAUUGACUCCCAUGUUUAAAAAAAAAAAGUUUCAAUACAGUUUUUCACCCGGACCAAAAACCCGUAGUAGGCUACGAUUUUGGGUACGGGAAAAAAACUGACAAAACCGUACAGGAUGCAAAAUGGACACAACCGGAUGCAUAAUUUGGCAUACGAUGCUCAAUGGAGAGUAGACUGUUUUCAAUUCUGUUCUGUACGGUUUUCAAAUUAAAAACGUAUACGGGAACUGUCUUGCAAAAACGUGGUAUAAACCCAGCCUUACACUGCUUUUUUGUGAUUGCAUAAGAUAUUGUACCUAUCACUAUAAAGAUAUUGCGGAAAAUAUAGAAAAACUAUGAAAUAAUAACAAAAUGCAUUUUUUUAACAUUUCAAAUAUUUGCUUGAAAAUUAGACUAAAAAGUUUGGAAACAUUUUAUCUCUAUAAACAUUAAUAUAAUAUAUGUAGACAAUGAUACAGUAACAGGAUGUUUGGAAGAUCAAGGACUGCAAAUAUACAGAAUGAUUCUAAAUAUAAAAAUAUUUAUGAAUUUUAUAAGAAUACUCAUAGUUUAUAUUUUUUAUUUAUGUAGAUGCAUAGAAGAUGAAAGAAAUAAAAAUGAACCUAACCUAAACUAAAUGCCUAUUUACUGUAAUAUGCAGUCAAUUUCUAAGUGCCUCCAUGACCGGUUUUAAUAAAGCAAACGUGUCUAAAUUUCUGAUCUAUAAUAUAGAUCCCCCUACUGUACUAAAUGAUAGAUUAAUUAUAAACCUUUGUUUACCUCUUGAUUUCUUAGAACACUGACAAUGGAGGAAGCCUAUGAGCCCUGAAACUUUAACUGUAUGGAGCCUAGACAUUUCGAACGGUAGCCCUUUAUUUUUUUCCUAAAAAUGAACAAAGAUUUCGAAAAUAGAACGGGAUUUUUUUUAAAGUGAAGAAUGUGUUGGAUAAAUGAUUUAUAUAUAGCUGCUUAUGUGAAGGGGCAGCAAUCUCUCCUGACACGUUUUGUUUUAGUAAAUACUUGUAUACCCCGUAAGAUAGCUGCACAACCUUUUCUUAGAACUUUGCAUUGUCAUUUCCCCUAGAGAAUGUAAGAAUAAAUAACCAACUGUUUGUUACUAUUUCCACUGGUAAUGGGGCGUCCAUACACGGUCUUACCCUAUCAGUGUCUAAUUGUGAAUUAGUUCUGAAAGCCUUAGGUUUUAAACUGCUUUUCCACAUCUUACAUUAAUUCACAUUUCUCUAAAUAUGAUAAUAGGUGCCAACA